UACAUAUUAAUCCACGACGAAACCCUAUAAUUGCGGUUUCGGGAGCAGGGAAGAGAACGCCGUGGUAGGGCGGGGGAAGAUGUAUGGUGGAGGCGGAGAUGAGGAAGCGAGCGUGGGGCUGAGAGGCGGCGGAGGAGGAGGAGGAGGGGGAAUGAUGAAGAUGAUGAUUAGCAGUCCGACCGGGGCAGGGCAGUGGGCCUCGGAGGAGACAAGGGAGCUGAUCGCGAUCCGUGGGGAGCUGGAGAUUAGGGACUCCGUUGUAUCGAAGCGCAGCAAGCCGCAGUGGGAGGCAGUGAGCUCUAAGAUGACUGAGAGAGGCUUCAAUCGAACCCCCGAGCAGUGCAAGUGCAAGUGGAAGAACCUCCUCAUUCGCUACAAGGGGAAGGAGACGUCUGAUCCAGAGAGUGGGCGGGAAUGUCCAUUCUUUGAAGAGUUGCACGCAGUGUUUACUGAAAGAGCCAAGAAUAUGCAGAGAUUGCUUCUUGAAUCCGAGGCGGGUUCUGCCCGACCAAAGAAACUUGUUAAGAGGAAAUCGAGGUCAGGGCAGUGGUCGGAUGAGUUGUCAGAAGACGCGGAGGAGGAGGAUAGCCAUGGGAAAGGUAAGAAAAGGAAGGGGGAAGGAGUAGUAUUGGCAAGAGCAACCAAUCCUGCAAGUGGAAGUAGUACUAGCAGUGUGCAGGAAUUACUUAAGGAGUUUUUUCAGCAUCAGCAGAGGAUGGAGAUGGAGUGGAGGCAAAUGAUGGAGAAGCGGGCACUGGAGCGGCGGCUGUUUGAGGAGGAAUGGAGGCAAAAGAUGGAGAAAACGGAGAGGGAGAGGUUAAUGGUUGAGCAGGCUUGGAGAGAGAGGGAAGAAGAGAGAAGGAUUAGGGAAGAGAGCAGAGCUGAGAGGAGGGAUGCCCUGUUAACCACUCUCUUGAACAGGCUGAUCAAUCAAACUAACUUCUGACUCACACUCUGAGGUGAAUAGUUUUCCUUUUCUUUUUGGACGAAAGGUGAAUGGUUUUCAGGUUCAUAAACUUUUGCCAGCUUGAGUAGCGAAAUAUGCAUCAUUGAUGGUUUGCGAAGAUGUGCUAGACUGAAGUUAUCGUGAUUUGUAAAGUUGGGCUUGUUGGUUUAUAAAAUGUUACCUUGGUAUACAAGUUUCGUUCGGUAGACAUUUAUAAGAUACUGUGACUUCGAUGGAGGACCAAACCACGCUUUUACAUCGAUAUUAAGAGGUAAAAUUGCUUGCCCUUUUAUUUGCUGCUCCUGGCAGGGUGCAAGGGUUUGUUGUGCAUGCUUCUUGUUCAAUACACGAGAAAUCUGUCGUUGUCUCUGUUUUUGUUUUUCGAUUUCUUCGUUUCCUGGUUUUUUUGAAUUGGCGAAAGUGUUAUUUACGGAAGGUAUGGAAAUCUUGAGAUAGGUGGAUGAAAAAUCUUUUGUAACACUAGCAUAUAGAUUGAAGUAUAUGACUGAACGAGAUUGCAAAUGUUUUACGAAUCUUAUCUUAUGUAACAACAAUAAGUUUACUUCACUGUUUCAUACAUAUCAUA